AUGGCAGCAGGAGGCCAUGCCCCCGAGAAGGAUGUUUUGAUCAACCUGCAGCAGGUUCUGGCUGAGGAGGCGAAACACCCCUGUGAUGGACAGCAGGAGGAGGGUGGCUGGGAGAAGGCCCUCUCGGUGCAGCACUUCGCCCACAUCGUCUCUGAGGGUACCGCCAGCAAUGGAGAGAAGCUGGGCCGCACCUACAGCGAGAAGGACUUUGAGUAUCACCGGCACACGUUCCACCACACCCACCACCCGCUUUCCACACAUCUGCCGCCGCCGAUGCGCUUCCGCAAGAGGGUGCUCAGCACCGACCACCGCAGGAAGAGGAGGCGCAAGAAGAAGAAGACAUCCUUACCCCCCUCCGAGGUCACGCCUACCAUUCAGGAGGUGGACGAAGAGGAGGCGGAGUCUGAGGUUGAGGAUCAGGGCCUGGCAGUCACACCCACAGAGCUGAUGGAUAACAAACCAAAGUCCAGCCUUGGGCGUGAAGAGGGCCUCGAGCUGCCACUGCCCCUUUCUAGCUUCCGCAUGGAAAAUGAGUACCCCCCAACACCUGGUGAGGACAUACUCUCCAGCACAGGCUUGGAGGUGAAGGGGCAGGUGCAGCAGGAGAAGGCUUUCAGCAGGUUCUCAACCGCUCCGGAGCCUCCAUGGUUCCGGAGGAUACCCCAGUACCGGGUAGCAGGGCAGCAGAGGGCCAGCUAUGACCUGUGGGAGCGGGUAUGUGCGGGCAGCAUGAGCGCGGCCGAGGCAGCCGUGUACCAGGAGGUGCCCACUGACGAGGCUGAGGCCCAGAUGCUGGCCACCGCGGACCUGGAGGACAUGAAGAGCCACCGAUUUGAAGACAACCCUGGCAUAAGACGUCACCUGGUGAAGAAGUCGUCCCGUAGCCAAGUGGCACAGAGUAGCAUCAGCUCUCCCACAAGGUUCAGCAUGAGGAAGAGGAAGAAGUCAGACAGGAAGACCCAUGAGGUGUUUGUAGAACUGAACGAGCUGAUAACUGACAAGAACCAGGACAUGCGAUGGAAGGAGACGGCACGCUGGAUCAAGUUUGAGGAAGAUGUGGAAGAGGAAACUGACCGUUGGGGCAAGCCUCAUGUGGCAUCCCUUACUUUCCGCAGCCUGCUGGACCUCCGCAAGACCAUUACCCAGGGGGCUGUGUUGCUGGAUCUGGAACAAACCACACUGUCAGGCAUUGCUCACCUUGUGGUAGAGACCAUGAUCGUCUCCGACCAGAUCAAAGCUGACGACAGGGCCAAUGUACUGAGGGCCCUGCUGCUCAAACACAGUCACCCCAACGAUGAAAAGGAGGGGUUCUUCCCCCGCAACCACUCGGCCCACAGCCUGACCAGCUAUCACCACGACCACAACCAUGUGCCUGAGCCCAGCCUGCCCCUGGUAGCUGAGUACUCCGAGCACCAAGACGCCAAGCCUCCAGAUCAUGAGAAAGAGAAAGCAAUCCAUCCCAUCACUGCUGAAGGCCAUGCAGCUGCCCGAUCCAUGAAACUUCUGGCUAAGAUCCCCAAGGAUGCCGAAGCCACCGUGGUCUUAGUGGGGUGUGUGGAGUUCCUGGAGCACCCAGCCAUGGCCUUUGUCCGGCUCAGUGAGGCUGUGCUGCUUGAAUCGGUCUUGGAAGUACCAGUGCCUGUCCGGUUCCUCUUUGUCCUGCUAGGACCGAGCCACUCCAACAUGGACUACCAUGAGAUUGGGCGUUCCAUCUCCACACUCAUGUGUGAUAAGAACUUCCACGAAGUGGCCUACUUUGCCGACGACCGCCAGGACUUGCUGAAUGGCAUCAAUGAGUUCCUAGACUGCAGCAUUGUGAUCCCACCCUCGGACGUGGAGGGCAAGGACCUGCUGAAGACUGUUGCCUCCUUCCAAAAGCAGAUGCUGCGCAAGAGGAAAAAGAGGGAGAAGAAGUCCAUUAGUGCUGCUGUGGGAUCUGAUGCUGAGAACAGCGAGGUAAUAUUGGAAGACCAGGACGAGGAGGACCAGGAGGUGGAUCCCCUAAAGCGUUCUGGAAUCCCUUUUGGCGGCCUCAUCCACGACAUUCGCAGGCGGUAUCCCCACUACAUGAGUGACAUUAAGGAUGCUGUCGAUACACAGUGCGUGGCUGCCAUCAUCUUUAUCUACUUUGCUGCACUCUCACCUACCAUCACCUUCGGGGGGCUGCUGGGGGAGAAGACAGAGGGCAUGAUGGGAGUGUCAGAGCUCAUCGUCUCUACUUCCACGCUUGGCGUGCUGUUCUCCCUGUUGGCUGGGCAACCUCUUCUCAUCAUUGGUUUCUCAGGACCCUUGCUUGUUUUUGAAGAGGCCUUCUACAAGUUUUGCCAGGCUCAGGGAUUUGAGUACCUCACGGGCCGUGUCUGGAUCGGUUUUUGGCUUAUCUUCAUCGUUUUGGUCAUUGUGGCGGCCGAGGGCAGCUUUCUGGUCCGCUACAUCUCACCCUUCACACAGGAGAUUUUUGCUUUCCUCAUCUCUCUGAUCUUCAUCUAUGAGACUUUCUCCAAGCUCAUCAAGGUGUUCCAGGAGCACCCGCUACUGACGAGCUACCCGUUGCCCACCACUCAACCUGUUCUCUUCUCCCACCACCUACACGAGGAGGACCAUCACAGCCCCAAACUCAUGCAGCCCAACACAGCCCUGCUGUCUCUCGUUCUAAUGCUGGGCACCUUCUUUGUGGCCUUCUUCCUUAGGAAGUUCAGGCACAGCCGAUUCCUGGGAGGAAAGGCAAGAAGAAUCAUUGGAGACUUUGGGAUUCCUAUUUCUAUUUUGUGUUCUGUGGUAGUGGAUUGUGCCAUUCCGGAAACUUACACGCAGAAGCUGAAUGUGCCCUCUGGCUUCUCAGUCACAUCUCCUGACAAGCGAGGCUGGUUCAUUAGCCCGUUCGGGGACAAGCAACCCUUCCCUGUUUGGAUGAUGGGGGCCUCUGCUGUACCAGCCCUGCUGGUCUUCAUCCUCAUCUUCAUGGAGACUCAGAUCACCUCACUGAUUGUGAGUAAGAAAGAGCGACGACUAGUCAAAGGUUCUGGGUUCCACCUGGAUUUGCUCCUCAUCGUCCUGCUAGGGGCACUGUGCCCCCUCUUUGGCCUUCCCUGGCUGACCGCUGCCACCGUGCGCUCCGUCUCACACGUAAAUGCGUUGACUGUCAUGAACAAGGCCACUGCUCCGGGGGAGAGGCCCAUGAUCCAAGAGGUUAAGGAACAGAGGAUCACAGGCAUGAUAGUUGCUCUGCUUGUAGGCUUAUCCAUUGUGAUGAAGAACAUCUUGCGGCACAUCCCGCUAGCUGUGCUCUUCGGGAUCUUCCUGUACAUGGGCAUCACCUCGCUCACUGGCAUCCAGCUGUACGAGCGCAUUAUGCUCAUGGUCACACCCGCCAAGCACCACCCUGACCACAUCUAUGUCACGAAGGUGAAGACUUGGCGCAUGAACAUGUUCACAGUCAUCCAGCUGCUGUGCAUCGUGCUGCUGUGGGUGGUGAAGUCCACCGCGGCCUCCCUGGCCUUCCCCUUCAUCCUCAUCAUGACUGUUCCACUGCGCCACUUGCUUCUCACCCGGGUCUUUGAGGAGCGAGAGCUCAAAGCGCUGGAUUCAGACGAAGACUCCCCCAACUUUGAUGAAGAUGGGAGGGAUGAAUACAAUGAGCUCCACAUGCCUGUAUAGUCGUGUAUUCUGGGAAGCCUCUGGGCUUUGUACAAUGUAGCAGAACUGACCAAUGAGAGAACGGCAAUGGGGGGGACUAAGUGGACCUCUGUUAAGAUGCUGGCGUAUCCAUGCAGCACUGAUGCAGAAUGGUGUGUAGUGUACUGACAGCCUAUUGUACUGUACACCAUAUGUGGCCAUGUAGUACAGAGAAUUAAACCUUAGCAGGUGUGUUGGGUGCAUGUGUGUGUGUGUGUGUGUGUGUGUGUGUGUGUGUGUGUGUGUUUAUAUUGCUGCAUGUAUGUGCAUAAGAGCCAUUUUUGUCACCUGCUUCGGCUGAGAACAAAUGCACUGUGGGCUUAUAUUUUAUAUAUUUAUGGUUAAGAGCGUUUCAGAGAAAAUCGCCGACCACCCUGUUGUUUGCUGGCUCGCUAAACACAAGAAUCAAAGACAAGCGCAGGACUGUGAGGUACUUCGGUGCAUGUCUGUACAAAGCAAACUGUGCAGCGUUCCCUUUUUGUCAUCCAGUGUACUUUCUAUCUGGAGGACAGGUGCGAUAGAAAAGUCACAUUUAGAGCUUCUGCAGGUCAUCUUUCAACUGUAAGGUCGUCUACAGCUUAUCUCUCCACUAGAAGGUCUUGCCAACAGGGCUGGAAUGCUUUGGUAGCAAUCCAUCUCAGAGGCCUUAAUGAUAACCAGGGAUAAUUUGUCUAUUGUGCUGAUUGUAAUGGUGCAUGUAGCCCAUUUAAGUCAAUUGUAGGGUGGAAAGGGUAGAUAGGAGGCUGCAACAGUCACUGCAAGUCACACAAAAUGAUUGGGUCUCAGCAGAGCUAUACACACACACAUAUAUAUAUAUAAAAUACACACACACACAAUACUAUUUAUUAAAGGUUUAUGUAUUAUGCAGGACUUAAAAGAUCGAUUUUCUUCACGUCUGACAUUUGUUGACUCGGCCGCUCAAAUCAUGCGUUAGCAUUCUCCCCCGCUGUUACACACUCUGUUAAUGAUCAGUGAGCUCUCGGAGUUAAUGAUUUGUGCCGCUUGUGAGGUCGCGCUGUGUUUUUUGAGUUGAGACGUAGAGAAACACGAAGGGAUCCGGAGAGAAGUUGGGGCGGUUGUCGAUCACUAGCGUCAAUCAGCUGAUGUACGAGCGCAGGGGUUUCGAGAUUCAGCGUUAAGACUUACCUUUUGGGAGCUGAAUAAUAUACCGUGGUGUUCUUUCACACCUUCUUGUCAGCAGUUUGAUUUGUUCAAGGGCUAAGGUAGAGUUUAGCAGCCGAUCACGUUCGAAUGAUACUGAGCAGUCUCUCUAUUCCCUCCGUACCAGAGAGCAGCAGGUAGUGUAGUGGUUAGAGUUACUGCUGUCAGUCUCAAAAGUUGCAGGUUCAAUAUUCACUGCUGGUUGUAGUACCCUAGAGUAAGGCACUUACCUAAAAUGAGCCAGCUAUAUAGAUUAACAAUACUUGUGUCCUUAAUAUUGUAAGUUGCUUUGCAAAAAAAGCAUCAACUAGACGAAUGAAUUUAAUCCAAAACGACCGUUUCGUUGAGAACAGGUCCAUCCGCAUUUCAUGUGAUCGGUGACAUUUUGUGCCGUGAUGCCAUCAGCAUGCUUUCUUUUCUUUUCCCUUUUUUCUUGGAAAAUGUGAAUCAGAGAAAGUGCCACUUCCACCAAAAACAAGUUAUGUAAUAGAGGCCCAGGGCUGAACACUCGAGUGCUUUACGACAAAGAAAAUUACGCUUAAUGUGGUGUCAA